AUGGACAAAAACUACGUAGGUAGUACAGACAGUCUUAUUGAUCGAUUUACCCAACGCUUUAAUACUGUACCAGGAGCUUCUGAAACAGCUACUAUGAUAGGGACAAGGCCAAUUUCCGAUAAAUCGCAAUUUAGAAUAAAUGUUAGUGUAGAUUGUGAAAGUACUUGGACUGGGAUAGACUGUAAUACAGAUUUAAAUACGUGCCGGAGUUCGCCCUGUUUGAAUGGUGCCACGUGUAAUAACACCGGCCCUAAUGCAUAUUCAUGUGUAUGUGCUACUGGAUUUAAUGGUACAAAUUGUGAAAUAAAUAUCGACGAGUGCGCAUCUAAUCCAUGUCAGCAAUCUUCUACGUGCGUUGAUGGAAUAAAUUCAUAUACUUGCAAUUGUCCCGCAGAAUGGACUGGAACCAGCUGUGAAAAUGAUGGUAAUCUAUGUCGAGUUAGCUCUCCAUGUGUUAAUGGCGGCGUCUGCACUUACACUGGCAUCUAUACGUAUAGUUGCUUGUGUCCUACAGGCUACACAGGCCAAAAUUGUUCACAAGAUUUUGAUGAGUGUAAUUCUAACCCUUGCGUGAACGGUGCAACAUGCGUUAAUAUGCCAUUUCGCUAUAAUUGUUCUUGUGUUGGUGGUUUUACUGGUUUACACUGCGAGACAAAUAUUGAUGAAUGUGCAUCUAAUCCUUGCCAAAACAACGGUAACUGUACCGAUGGAAUUAAUAGUUAUACUUGCUCUUGUACAACAUACUAUUCAGGAGCCCAGUGUCAAGUUGAUAUCAAUGCUUGUCGUGUAUUUACUUUGUGCACCAAUGGAGGUACAUGCGUGCCAUCUCCUCUCAAUUAUACUUGCGUUUGCCCUUCUGGGUACAGUGGCAGAAAUUGCCAAGAUGAUGUUGAUGAAUGUGCAUCUAAUCCAUGCCAGCAUGUAUACGCGACAUGUCAUAAUCAUGUUAAUUCCUACACAUGCAGUUGCCCUAGCGACUGGACUGGCACCCGAUGCGAAAAACUUAAAGAUGUUUGCGUUAAAGAUUCGCCAUGCGUAAAUGGUGGGACAUGUAUAUCGACUGGAGAUUUAACAUACAACUGCAAUUGUCCAGCUGGAUUCACAGGAAUAAAUUGUCAAGACCAGGUUACCGUUUGCUCAUCAACUCCAUGCCUUAAUAGCGGGCAGUGUAUUCUUGGAUCUAACAGUUACACGUGCAAUUGUACAUCGACUGGCUUCACUGGUAGUACAUGUCAAACAAAUAUAAACGAAUGCGCAUCGAAUCCUUGUGUCCACCCUUAUUCCACUUGCCAUGAUGGAGUAAAUAGCUACACUUGUGCCUGUCCUGCACAAUGGACUGGUGCACGUUGUGAAGUUGAUGGCGAUUAUUGCCGCGCAUAUUCGCCAUGUCAAAAUGGCGCUACCUGUAAAUAUCUUGGCCUCGCUUCCUAUAAUUGUACUUGUGCUACAGGAUAUACUGGUCAAAAUUGUAGUCAAAAUAUCAAUGACUGCGUUGGAACUCCGUGUUCCAAUGGUGGAACUUGUAAAGACGGACUUAAUUCGUAUACUUGUUCUUGUAAAAAUGGUUUUACGGGUUCUGCUUGCCAGACAAAUAUUAAUGAAUGCACUUCCAAUCCUUGUCAACAUCCGUAUGCAACUUGCAUAGAUCAAGUUGAUGGAUAUUUAUGUAAGUGCCCUCUCGAUUGGACAGGAACUCUUUGCGAAACAGAUGCGAAUCAAUGUCGACUUACUUCACCUUGUAAAAAUGGUGGUGUUUGCACAGUAACUGGAGCCUAUACUUACUAUUGCAAUUGUCCAGUAGAAUACACAGGAAUAAAUUGUGAACAAGAUGUUAAUGAAUGCAACUCCAAUCCUUGCCAGAAUAAUGCAACAUGCAAUAAUUUCCCUUUACGAUAUACCUGUUCAUGCCAACCUGGGUAUAGUGGCAUUCAUUGCGAAUCGAAUAUUAAUGAAUGUGUUUCAAAUCCUUGCCGACAUGAGAAUGCUACAUGUGUAGAUAAAAUAAAUGGAUAUAACUGUAAUUGUCCCGCAAACUGGACAGGAAUCCAUUGUGAUAAUGAUACUGAUCAAUGUCGAAAAGCCAAUCCUUGUCAAAACGGCUCAACGUGUAUUUCUACAGGCCCUUUUAAUUAUCAAUGUACAUGUAUUACUGGAUAUACUGGCAAGAACUGCCAACAAAAUAUCGAUGAGUGUGACUCUAACCCUUGUCUAAAUGGCGCAACUUGUAACGAUCAAUUGAAUGGUUAUAACUGUUCAUGUGUCCCUGGGUAUAUUGGGCUGCAUUGCGGUACAGAUAUCAACGAAUGUUCCUCAAAUCCUUGUCAACAUACUAAUGCUUCUUGUAUGGAUAAUAUUAACGGUUAUACAUGCCUUUGUCCAGAACAGUUUACAGGAGCUCACUGCGAAAAUGGUAUGCGCGCUUUAUAA